GAAAAAUUACGCACACCACGCGGUGCGUUCUUCACUACGAAGCAGAUCUAGUUCAGUGCAACUCGGAGUUUUUGUUGAAACAUUCGCCACUAAAACCGGAUACAAAUAUAUUGAAACACGAACAUGGCAAACGCGAUUGACAGCACCACUAAAGUUUCGCCAGAAGUGGAACGCAACUACAACAACGUGGCAUCUUCACAUGAUGCACCCGACACCGAUAAUGGUUAUGGCAAAGGCGAACGCGAAGCCGAUGCCGACCCGGCGCGCCUGAGUGACCAGGAGGAUGAAAGUGCUGGAACAAAAACUUCGGGCGGGGAGCAGCGGGAGAAGAUGAAAGCUUCACAUCAGCAGCACCGGAAAACGUCCCGAACUUUCACUGAUCUGGACAUUCCAGAUUGGUCACUACGGCCCGCAACGUUCGAGGAGCGGCAGAGGGGCGAGAAGUCGACGGAGACUGCGCUCCCGGUCAAUGCGCAUUUCUGGAUUCAGGAAUGGAAAGUAAUCGCCGCCGAUGUAUGGAUUGCACGAAACCAGGGAUCGCACUACCCGUGCUAGUAGUGGCAAUUAUCGCAUAAUUUUUGCUGCAUGACCACAAAAUUUUGAUCUUCUCUGUUAUACCUGACUCGGUUGUAGCAUUGUGAUGAAUUGCGCCUUUCAUAAAUUUUGAAAACAAGACGAUUUGCAUAUGGGAUUUCCACGGCUAGUAUUGCUAUUGCGCUAAAAACUUUUGUCUUCCAUACAACGGGCACGAGUACAAUAAAGUGAAGUUCCGUAUGCAGAUCAAGUGGACGGACUACAGACUGGCCAACUGGAGUCUCGAGGAGGAUGUGCCCGAGAAUAUUUGGAGGCCGGAGAUGUUUUUCGUGGGCGAAGGGGGCAUUUCGAUUCCGGAUUCGGAGCUGCAAAAGCCGCCCACCUUCGCCGCGCGGGACCGAAACGACGGGGUGCUGCUGUGGGAAAUCUACACGGAGCUGGCGCAAUUUGAGGUGUUGGCAUCCGCGGACGGGUUGCGAUCUUUUCCGUUCGACAGUUCCCGGUACGAUUUCAUCGUGUGCCUGUCCGGGGAGAAACGGCUGGAGGGGUCGAACGAAGUGAAGUUUGAUUUUGAGAAAAGCUGCGUCGAAAACUUUGACAUUCCGGUCUCGGAUCCGCAAAAGUGCACCAGCGGGGACUUCGAGUUGAAAGGUGUCAGCUACGCCAAGGGCGGGCACAGCUCGAUGGCGAACCCGACGGGGUACGAAGACCUGCUGAUUUCCCUGCACGUGAAGCGCAACCCGAAAUUUUACCUGUUCAAGACCUGCUUCCCCUUGUACGCGAUUCUCAUUUUCGGCGCCCUCUCCUACUGUCUCGAGGUGUCGGAUCUCUCCGGGCGGCUCAACCUCAUUUUCGCGAUGUUCUUGACCUGUUUCGCGCUGCAGUGGAUCGUGCUGGACCGCCUUCCGCGCGUGCCCUACAUGACCUAUCCAAGAAAAAAACUGUGUUAGUGUAAAUAUUUUGGGAAAACAGCAUCACAAGUUUGUCUGCAAUGACAGGAAAAGCUUGUUAUGCACAGAUAGGAAGGGGAAACACAUAGGAAACGAGCCGAUCAUUCAUGUCGAGCAUGACAAGUGUAACUGUUCUUUUGCAUUUUUUGCAUCACAGAUUUUGAUUUACACUUACACGGUUUUUUUCUUGCAUAUGACCGUCUUGGACACCAUUAUUUCAUUGGUGAACGCGAGUUUGUUAUGCAUUGCAAAUAUGUCAUCUGGGUCUGGAAAAGUGGAACCUGUGUUGCAUUUCUUGCAUUCCUGAAAGAUCUGUAUUGCACUGCUAGCAAGAAAGGCGCUACUUUUUCGUCCUUACAAAACCGCAGUUUGUCAUGCGUGCUGCGCAUCAGACGGCGUCAAGUAUACUUGUCAUGCUUGGCUGCACUUGAGAGCGCCAGUCUUAUCCAAGCUUUAGCAUCACAAAUUUCCAGACCCAGACAUAUAUUGCAUUUGAUAUUUGUUGCUCAUGGGAGUGGGGUCCGCGGUUGUGGCGAUAAUCUUGUCUCGGGACCGUUUUCCGUUGUAUGCAUAAUUGCGAAUGUGUCUGGGUCUGGAAGAGUGAAACUUGUCAUGCCACAUCUGGAUCGUGGAAAAAUUUGUGUUGCAUGAUUACCAAAAGCGGUCCACUACUUUUGAACAAGUAUUAUUAGAGGCAGUUUCUCAUGCAGGAACGGCAUGAUAGAGAUCUCACAGGUGAACCUGUCAUGCUAGGCCGUGCAUGGCAGACCGCGUGGGUCAUGGAAAACCUGCAUGACAAACCUACGAAUCUUCCAGACCCAGACAUUUUUGCAUUAUGAUACGUUGAUCUCUUCAACAAACUCAAACUUGGAAUCCGACACCAGCAGCGCAGCAGUGGAGCUCGCAGCACAGGUAGAAACGAAAACGGUAAAUUACUCCGUUAUGAAAUGCAAAAGCAUCGCACUAGUAUGAACCAGCCAUGCUCCGGCUGCCGCCGGAGCGCAAGGCUGUUGGGCCGGGGCAAGACUGCUUGCCGAUCGGACCACAACCCCACGGGCCUAUGCAAAACGAAACAUACUGGAUUCCUGCCCCCGGUUUGCGCCGCGCCAACCCUCAGGACCACUUGCGCGCUUCCCGCGCCUGUAGGCGCUCUGCGCAGGGAGCAGCUGCAAAGAACAACGGGGGCGAACAGAAGCCGCCCGACGGGAGAGGGUAGCGCGAGAGGGUGGCGCGGGAGGGUGGCGCGAGAGGGUGGCGCGAGAGGGUGCGCGAGAGGGUGGCGCGAGAGGGUGGCGCGAGAGGGUGGCGCGAGAGGGUGGCGCGAGAGGGUGGCGCGAGAGGGUGCGCGAGAGGGUGCGCGAGAGGGUGCGCGAGAGGGUGGCGCGAGAGGGUGGCGCGGAAAGGCGCCGAGCCAAACAAGUCCGCGAAUGGCCUGCAAUGCCAAAUAUGGGUAGCACCAUGCGGAUUCGCGCCCGCUUCUUUGUGUUUUUACCCUCUCGCAGACCUCUCGCAGACCCUCUUUUUGACCUCUUUUGGGGGUCCCCGCUAAUAGUCCGGCUAUACUCGCGGGGAGAGGUCGACAGAGGUGGCCGAGAGGUGGCCAAGAGGGUCCGCGAGGGGUCGCCCCUUAUUCGCGCAACCUCUCUCCACCUCUGUCCCCCUCUCGCGCCCCCUCUUUUUGACCUCUCUGCACCCUCUGUGCCACUUAGGCGGCGCCUAAGGGUGGGCGCUUACUGCGGGCCUUAUUCGCGCACCCUCUCGCGCACCCUCUCGAACGGGGUCCCGCGCCACCUCUCCACCUCUGUCGACCUCUUUUCUACCUCUGUCGACCUCUUUUUUACCUCUCGGCCACCUCUCUGGGACCCUCUGUCUACCUCUUUUUUCGCAUGAAUAUAAUGUAUAGUAAUUGCAUUACAAAUUUCCUCAGCAUGAAUUGCCUUAGGAAAAAGAUGCUGAUUUGCCUUAGGAAAAAGACUUGUAAUGCAUAACUGCAACUAGAACUACGAGCGCGAUGCCUUUGCACUGCAUAUCCGUGUCUCAAGUGCGACUCGCGGACCAGGUGGACUAUCCUGUGCAAAAGUAUCGUACUUCUACUCGUAUUUGAGUCAUGCAUUAAAAAGCUUUUUCUUAAGGUAAAGCCGCAUUACAAAUUUUAUCUCUCAUGCUAAAUUUGUAAUGCAUUUAUACGAGUACGAUAACGAUAGCGAUACUUGUGCAGUUCAUAUGGGCCGGAUUUUUCAAAUUCUCGUGCUGGUACUUUUCUUCGGGCUACACUUGUACGUGGUAUAUGGGGUGAAAGCCGCGAGAAAAAUAUACAGGAAAAAAACUGUGUUAGUGUAUUACCUCUCGUCGUGUUCGAACGACAGCAUCACUAAUUUGCUGUGCAUGACAGAGAAUAGUUUGCCAUGCAUGGCUAGUAGCAGUGAAAAGGCAAAUAAAAUUGAGGCUUCCACCGGAGUGUCAUCUGGCAUGACAGGUGUAAGUCUGUUUCUUUUUCCGCAUAAUUAUUACUGAUUUAGUACACUGACGCAGUUUUUGUCUUAGAUAAAGAAGAGAGGGAAUGUACCGCCCCUGGUCGGACUAUGGGAAUGUCAGGAUUGAAAUCGUCAAAGUUGAAUUUGAUUUGCCAUGCACAAAAUGCGAUACAAAAACUGACUCUAUUGCAGAGGACGCACGGGAGGCAGAUUAUAGUCCUGGUAAGGGUCAAAAGUUGGACUGCUGACUAGCAUGACCACAGAAGGCAGCUCUUUUGCCCUAAACCGCAGGACAGACUCGCUAUCAGGACCGGGAAAAUUUGUCAUGCGCCGACUACAAACUGUAUGUCUAAUUGGUAUCGGGUUUAUGCAUCAUAAAUCAUUUCAACUUUGACGAUUUCAAACCUGACGCUUCCAUACGGACGGGCCGCGGGCGUGGGUCAAGAAAAUCGCGGACCCGCACUACGUAGCUUUUCCGCUACGGGUGAAGUAUUCCGCCUACGCAGAUCGCAGUGAAAAGGAGCACAGGGAGUUGCAGAGGCUGUUUUUGGGGGUGGAGAAGGAGGUGUUUUGAGAAGGGAGAGCGUCGGCUAUUUGUCGUGGAGGCGAAUAUUUACGCAGCAAUAUUUUUAUCAUGAAAGUUCGUUACGGAUCAAUGAGCAUCAUAAUGCCCACAGCUGCAAAGGCACACACUCUUCCAGCCCGCCUCCAGGAGCGCUUGUAU